AUGGAGAUCGCGGAGGCCCUGCAGGCCUACACGGGCCUCACGCCCGGGGCCGCCGCCACCAUCCUCGCCCUCAUGGUGGCCACCUACCUCCUCGUCUCCUCCCUCUUCGUCGCCCCCGCACCCGCGCCACCUCCCAAGCCGCCCCAGCAGCAGCGCGAGGGGGAGAAGGCACAGGAAGAGAAGGAGGAGGAGGAGCCGAUGCCUUUCGUGUACCCGGACCCCGUGGAGGUGGGCGAGGUCACGCUCGAGCAGCUCAGCGCGUACGACGGCAAGGACUCCUCCAAGCAGAUCCUCAUCGCCAUCCGCGGCCAGGUCUACGACGUCUCCCGCGGGAGGUGA